CUACUAGUCCGAUUCAAAUAGAUACGAAUAGAAUUCUAAGCAUUAAAUGCUAAACCAAACUCGAGACAGGGUCAUCAGAGAAUUGUGAGCAUUAGAAUAUAUAUUAUUAACAUUAUUCUAAGAACUUUGAAUAUAGAUACAUGCACAUGUAUUUGACCAGGAAGUAAAAGAGAUAGUAUUUAAAAGUAUUCGCCCUGUACAGAAAUGAUGUAUUUAUAAUAAGAUAACUAAACACAGAAAACAAAUUUCGAGAUUAAAACUCUCUUAUGAUUUUUUUAAUGAUCAGACUGUACACUUUGUGCUUCUGAAGUGACAAUAGAUCUUGUAUAAUGGCAGUUGUUUUUCCAUUCGUUCCUUUCAUUGUGUGGACUAUUCUAUGCAACAGUUAUUACAUUGUAAGUUAUUCAAAAAAAGAUCAAUACGAUGCGAAACAUCAUACAGAUGGAAGAACUCAAUCAAUGCUGCUUACAAAAACAGGUGGAAGGUCUCAGUCAAAUGGACAAGACAACAAUGAGAAAUCACCGAAAAAUAUUUUUGAUGAAAAUUCUUAUUCAAAGUGUAUAGACUACCAGCUGACCGUUAACUGUGCAAAUCUACAGAUAAAGAAAAUAAAUUCUUCAUGGUUUCCUACAAGCACAGAGGUUAUUUUUUUGAAUGACAACAUUAUUAGUCAAUUGCUCAAUUCAACAUUUAAACAUUUAAUACAUUUAAUUCAUUUGGAUAUUUCAAACAACAAGAUAUCCCAGAUUGAGCUUCAUGCCUUUGAAGGUUUGAUAUCGUUGAAAUAUUUAAGUCUAUGCGAUAAUGAAAUCUCCUUCGACACAGCUGUAGUGGAUAUUUUCAAACCGUUAACAAAUUUGGAGACGUUGAAUCUGGUACAAAAACCCGGUACGCAAAAAUAUGAUGUUCCAGCUUCGAUGUUGCAAUCAAUGACACGGCUACGGAAUCUUUCCAUCACUACAGUGAAUUACACUCUCUAUUUUGUACCAGAGUUUCGAAACUUAACAAACCUGGAAGUGUUAGAGAUUACUGGGUCAGCGCAAAAUAUAACUAACAUAUCGUUUGAGAAUGUCAAGGGUUUGAAGGAACUCAUAUUCAGAGACAUGAAUUUUAUAAGCUCUAUGGACGAUAAGGCAUUUGUACAUUUAAACCAACUCACAAGUCUGAAAAUGACAUUUGUUGUAAUUAGUUUACAAAAGGUUUUACCUUUGCUGUGGCCAUUUAAGGGCAGAAAUAUGUCUGAGAUUUAUUUUAAAGGUGUCACCACAACAAUAAGAAUGCCUAACCCAAUGGUUGAUGGUUUUCUCACUAAAAAAGACUUCAAGUAUCUGACAGAGAUAUGUUUGAGCUCGUUUUCGAUCAUAAAAUGUGACAUUUUUUACAUAACCACGGACGCAUUUAUUAACAGGACUACAAUGAAUCGUUGUCUGCGUCACGUUGAGGUCUCUGAGAACCCUUUAAUCGGAAGUCCAUUAGCUCUACUCCCACUUGGUUUGAUUGAGAACCUUGCAACAAUUUUUGUUGGCAACGCACUGCGAGUAUGUCAACUAUUUCCCCCUUUUCCUCGUUUUACUUUCAAUCAAAAUUAUUUCUCUGAGCAUCUUUUCACUGACCAUCUGUCUAUUUAUGAUGAAAGAGCAAGCGAACCAGAUAGAACAUUUACCAAAAGUAAUGAUCGAAUACAACAAACACAAGCAGACAUGAGCAAAUUAUUUUAUAUGUUUAAUCAUACAUUUUAUAUCCACUUACCCAAAGAUUUACAAAGCUGGAAAUUACUACGAUUGAUACCCCAUUAUAUAUUAGAUAAUGAUGUCAUCUUUCGUGGAGCUGAUAACUUACAAUACGUGGAUAUAACGGAUAGCGGAUUCAACACAUUUAUUGGCCAUUUACAAGGUUUACCGUCACUGAAGACUUUAAUAAUGUCAGGAAACAACGUCUCUCUUCUUGCUGAAUAUUUCUUUGAUCAGCUCUUUGCAUUAGAGAGUUUGUCUCUCUCGGAUUGUCUACUAAAUAGAGAUUUUUUCGCUAUAAAAAGUGAUCGAGUCUUUGAGAAUACCACAAAACUAAAAGAACUUGACUUAUCUAGUAAUUCGCUAAAUUCACUUAGCGAUAAAACUUUUUUUCGAAAUCCAGAAUUAAAAUAUCUAGGCUUGUCUGACAAUCAGUUCAAAAACAUUCCGUUUAAUUUAAAGUUUACAACAAAUCUUACACUGUUAGAUUUAAGUCAAAAUAUUAUCACUACUCUCACAAUGGAAACUACUACGGCUGUGGAUUUAUUAAAUUCAAGGAACGGAGGAUUUCAGCUCAUGUUAAAUGGAAACAUACUUUCUUGCGGUUGCCAUGAUUUAUCAUUUCUUCAAUGGUUGAAUUCAACUUUAGUUCGUUUAGACAACAAUAGAAACUACACCUGCAUGAACAAAGAUGGUGAAAGGACAAACACAUUGGCGUUCUCUGAUCUAGAAUCUCUUUGGAGACAAUGUUGGGGUGAAUUCUUCUUCUACAUUGCAUUAAUAACAUUAUGUCUUUAUGUUACUGGCGCAGUCUUAAUAUUUCUGAUGUUAAAGAAUAAAAACUUUCUUGUUUCAUAUUUCUUACAAAUUUUCGGCAAUUUCAAACUUCACACCAGAUUCGAUUAUAAGACAGAUGUUUAUAUUGGCUAUUCAGAUGAAGACUAUCGAUUUCCUUGCAUUGAACUACGCGAACAUCUAGAAAGAAAUUUGAAAUUGAGCACUUUUAUAAUUGACAGAGAUCUUUUGGCUUCUUUGGAUAAAGCCAGUGGUAUUGUGGAUGCAAUCAACUCUUGUUGGAGAGUUUUACUUGUCUGUAGUAAAAGUUUUUUAAAUGACGAGGACUGGUCAAUGUUUACUAUGAGGUCAGCCAUGUACGCACAAAGUCCGGCUAAUCCGGCACGAAUUGUUAUAAUGGUACAUACGAGUUGUCUCUCUUUGCUCCCCACAGAACUGUUAAGUGUCGUCAAUGAUGAAAAUAUUUUAGUUGUUUCUGAGUGGAAAAUAAACUACAUUCUAAGUGAAAAGUUGAGAACACGUCUGACGGCUUAAAGUCACUUUUACAUGUCUCAAUAAGUCAAUAAAUGACAGCUAACAUAAAUAUUAUUUAUGCAUUAAAAGUAACAUUUGAAAAUAUAAUAGCUGACUACUUUGCUCUUCAAGCUUGUGAACUAGUCAUUUCAUUUACUAUCGAUAGAUUAGGCGUUCAAAUUACCUCAUUCUUUGAUUUUCAAAAGCGACACUACCAUCACCGCUUUUUUUGCCGAUUAGAAAUGAAGGCUAUAUCACCUUUGUUCUCAUGACACGAUGUAGACAAAUGUAACGCUUCUCGUUGUUAUUUUCAUUGUUUUAACAAGCAAAUAUAUCACUCCCACAAAUGUUAUUUAUACAGAAAAAAAAUAACUUGAUUAAUACGACGUAUAUUUAUCAGUGUUUGUGAAACAUUUUUGAUACAGUACUAGAAGUUUAUAUGCUACAUAACUAAAUCUUAUAUUCUACCCAACCAGUGGCGUCACUAGGGGGAUGCGAGGAGUGCAGUCCGGACAGGGUGACACCCAUUAUGGGGUGACACCCGGAUGGGAAAAAAAUGAAAAUUUGCAAAAUCUAGAAAAGAAAAAUCCGAUUGGAAAUCUUAUUAUCGGCAAAAACUAGCAAAUUCAAAAGAAAAUCUCUAGAUAUAUACCCAAAUAUGGCUAGGCGUAUCUACUGUACUAAUCUAGAUCUAUAUAUUUUAUUUUAGCCCCUGUUGUAUGCAUUUUCUUUUCUUUGGUAAAAAUGUCCAAAAAGCUACCCUACGUGAUAACAAAGAGGUUACAAAGGCAGUCUUUUUUGUUUUUAAACAAAAAUAGGUUGCAUUUGCAUAGUUAUUUUAUCUUUUAGUAUUAAUUAGUUGAAAGCGAAUUUAUUUUUAAAUUGUAAGAAAAAUUAAAGUAUUAAUUAUGUGACGUUAUUUUAUAGUCCAAGUAGACCUUUUCAAAGUUAGCAACAAGAUCGGUUCAGUUAAAGAAAACAUCUUAAUGCCUCUUCAAGUGAUUCUAGAGUCUAUACCGUUUUUAAAGUAGUAGAAACCCAUUUCUCCCGAAUAACGUACCAUCGUACUAUUGAUGUUUUUUGUGUGAACAGAACUGGCCCGCUACGAGACACCUUUCUAAACCUGAGGAGUACCUUAGGACAACAAGCCCAUUAGAAACUCAUAUAAAGUACUGAAGCUUACCUGAAGCUGUGCCUCUGUGGUAAGGUGCACCCCUUGGGGGGUGGGGGGGAUGGAAGUUCACUCAUGAAAGCGCGACGUCCUGACCAAUAAGGAUGGGGUGACUCAAUUCAAACUAUUUUACAAGGGUAAAAUUAAAAAGUUGUUUGUUCAUUAAAGUUAUCAAUCAAAUUGUUUUAUAUCAAUCCAGUGAAAUCACAAUAUCAAUGUAUAAAAAGUUAAAAUAUCGUUAGAUAAAGACUUCGUAUUAAUGAUCUUAUUAAAUGUAUACCCUUUUUUGUGAGGCGUCUGCAAAAAUAUCGAUUACAAGCUUUUGAAGAAGACAUUUCAAAAUGUCUCUGCUGAUUGAUUCUUUUAAAUGUUCAGAAUGAUCUCUCAAGUGUUUAACACCGUUACGUUGACGACUAUUUGUGACAAAAAUGAAAAUGAAAAGUUGGCGGCAAGGCUUCUUACAGAGCACGAAGAUGUUGUUAAGACAUACGUGCGCUAUAUGUAGCUCGAACGGCCCUCGUAUAAUAGUAUUGGCCAAUGCUGCCUCCUUCUUUAGAAGACUUGAUUUGAGCAACAUUUUUAUUAUUUGUAUAAAUAGUGCGCUCAGAUUCGAAGAGAAUACUUCUUUAUCGGAAGGUCCCACUUCGUUAUAAUUUUACAUUUAUUUGGGCUCUUCUUACUACGGGAAGAAAGACAACACAAGCUGAGAACGAAGGAAAACGCUUGGAGGACCUAACGGGGCUUCAACAGACCACAUUGCUGAUGCCUCUCUAAUACUAACUCCUAAAAGAACAUUUGGGUUAUAAAAAACAUUUUAAAAUUAUAUACAUAACACUAUUUUUGAAAAAAAAAAGACUUAACGUUUAGUGGGCGGUGGCGCCAAUGUAAAAGUUUGAGAAACACUGCACAUUUUCCUCGAAUGUCUCUCAUACUUCAAAUACCGCCCGUCUAUUCUUUAUUGAAUUUUAUUUGACCUGCAAUCUUCUUACGAGUAGAAGAUUGUACAAGAUAGAAUUAAGGAGAGUGAGUUUGCCGAAAAAUGCUUUGCGCCCGGGUAUUCGUCCCGGAUCUCACUAGGGGAUCUUUAAGCACUCCCUGAGACCAAUAGCAAAGGCAAGGGUACAUUUUCUACUUUCACUGGUAGUCAAAGUUUGAAUAACACAGCAUAAUUUAAUGCCGUUUCCCGUCUAUAAGUCUAACAAAGGAAACAUGUUUAGGUGAUGUUAAUAAAUUGUAAAAUAUCCAAAACUAUUGAAAAAAUGUCAUAAACAAUGGGAUUUUAAAAUAAAACUGCCAUUCAUUUUACAUUUCUGCAAAAUCGACGAAAGUAGGUAAUCAGCUGACUGUAUGAAUUCAAUAAAAAUAAUUAACGAUAGUUUCUAUUGAGAAAGGUUUCAAUAAAGUUGAUGACCGGGGGAGGGGGUGACACCUUGAUCUAACCGCACCGGGUGGCAUCGACCCAAGUGACGCCACUGUACCUAACUAGAGCUCUGACUACAAUCUUAUAGGCUACACUACUUUUUUUGCUUCUAUAAUAUGAUUCCAGAUGGUAACAAACUAGAAUCUUAUAUGCUACCUUUCUAUAAAUUUAUAUGUUCCACUUAAUAGAGCUUUUUAUGUUGCCUAGCUAGAAUCCUAAAUGCUACAUUACUAGAACUUUAAAUGCUACCUUAAUAGACUUUUCUAUGCUACCUAACUAGAAAUUUAUAUGCAGCCUUAAAAAAAACUUUAUAAACUACGUAAUUGGAACUUUAUAUGCUACAUUAUUAGAACCUUAUAAGACAUUAUGUGCUACUUAAUAAAACUUUAUAAUUAUAUGCAACUUUUUAAAUACAACCUUGACAGGGGUUCAUAAGCUAACUAAAUAUAACUUUUUAUACUACCUUACUAAAUUGUAUAUGCUAAUUUUAAUGGAUUUUAUAUGCAACCAAAUUUGAAUCUUAUAAGUAUUCCUUGCUAAAAUAUAUUCUACCUAGCUAGGACCUCAAAAGACCUUUACAUGUUAUCUAAAUAUAUUUUUAUAUGCCUAUUUCAUAGGCCUUUGUUUUCUCCUAAUUAGAACUUUAUAUGUUACCUUACUAGAACAGUAUAUACCUUCCUAGUAUAUAUCUUUCUCUACCUUACUAAAUAUUUAUAAGCUACAUUACCACAACUUUAUAUGCUACUUUUAUAGAACUUUAUAUGCUACCUAAUUUAACCUAAAUGCAACUUUAUAUACUUCUUAUUAUAUCAUUAUAUGCUACCAAUAUAGAGCUUCAUAUCUUAUAACCUUCUGUUAUACAGUUAAACUCAUUAAAUUCGCUGAUGAUACUGCCAUAGUCGGUCUUAUUUCAGGAGACGAAACUCAGUAUCGAAGCUCGAUAGAAGAGUUUACAAACUGGUGCACCGACAACUUUCUAGAACUGAAUGUAACAAAAACUAAAGAACUUAUAAUAGAUUUUAGAAAGAAAAAACAAACUAUACGUGAACUGCAAAUAAACACUACAUCUAUAGAACAAGUAAAGGCAUAUAAAUAUCUAGGCAUUAUCAUCAACAACAAGC